AUGGAAAACGGGACAUCUACCAAUACACCGGGUGAGGGCAAGGACCCGUCUGGCUUCCUCUCAGAUAUCAUCGGCAAUCCUGUCACCGUCAAGUUGAACUCAGGCGUCGUUUACAAGGGCGAACUACAAUCUGUUGACGGGUACAUGAACAUUGCUCUAGAAAAGACAGAAGAGUACGUGAAUGGCGUAAGGCGAAGAGCAUACGGUGACGCCUUCGUAAGAGGCAACAACGUCAUGUACAUCUCGGCGGACUCAUGA